CUAACCUCAUUUUGUUGUGAGAGUGGUGGACGUGGACUUUUUGUUGUGCGGAAUAUUUUUUAAUGCUACGUGGUGAUAUCACAAACAAAAGGUGAUAUCACCCGAAAAAGGGUGCUGAGUGUGUGUGAUUUUGGAUCUAACUUUUACUGUUGUACUUUAGAACGUAAUUAACCUCAGUUUUUAGAAUUAGGUAACAAUCAGCACGCCUUCAAAAUGAUGCAAUUCAUGUUGUUGUUCAGUCGCCAAGGGAAAUUGCGAUUACAGAAAUGGUAUGUCGCACAUCCUGACAAACUCAAGAAGAAGAUCACUCGAGAGUUAAUAACGACGAUUCUGGCUCGGAAACCAAAAAUGUCAAGUUUUCUCGAGUGGAAGGAUGUCAAAGUUGUUUACAAAAGAUACGCGAGUCUUUACUUUUGCUGUGCAAUUGAACAAAACGAUAACGAAUUGCUCACUUUGGAAAUCAUACACCGAUACGUAGAACUUUUGGACAAAUACUUUGGAAGUGUUUGUGAACUGGACAUCAUUUUCAACUUUGAAAAGGCGUACUUCAUUUUGGACGAGUUGUUGGUCGGCGGAGAGAUACAGGAGACUAGUAAGAAGAACGUCUUGAAAGCCAUCGCCGCCCAGGAUCUUCUACAGGAGGAUGAAGCUCUCGAUGGUGCUCUGCGGGAAAUAGGGCUUAUAUAGUCUGCUCUGCAGCAAAUAGGGCUCUUAUGGAAAUUCCGACAUCGUCAAAGUGACUAAAAGUGACCGCCCGAAUCAUCAACCUCGGACAAAAUCGUCAGCAGAAUAAUGCAAAACUACACCAUCGUACUGUCACUUGAAAUUUGUCUUCGAUUUCCAAUCCCAACAGAUGUUAGUCUGGAUUGACUUUGCCAUAUUUUUGUACGAAAUCUUGAUGUCUUUCAGGCGUCGUAGAUCAAAGAAAUAUAUUUUAUAGUUUAGGAAAACUAGUAAAGAAAUCCUACUUUCUUCCAGGGUGGUCGCUGGAUCGAGAAAACGGGGAAAUGAUCGAGAGUUUUUUAGGACCUGCAAUUUUGUUAAUUUUUAGUAGAAAAACCUUACCCAACUCUUGAAAUGUGAUUAACUUCACAUCACAUGAAAUUGUACAAUUUUUAAUGAGUUCACUUUAAAAUUGUUUUGAGUUUGAAAAGUUCGACUAGUAAAAUUUUUAAUUUAUAAAAAGUUUUAUUUUCAGAUUAAAAAAUGUUAUAAUAAAGUUCUGAAGGCUUGUUUAAUGGAAGAUUUUAGAAAUUGAACUAUAAUAUUUAUAAUUGAAUAAUAAUUAGCGGUGGAAAGGUUGAAAAAUGAACAAUUCUAAAUCUGUUCAAAAUUAAACGGGUUUCAAAUUGAAAUUGAAACAUUGAUUAAAAUUUUAUUAUUUCAAAUCAGAAAGCCUUAAUAGUGAAACAAUGGUAAAUUUCGAAUUAAAGCUUUACAAAUUAAUGUCGCCUUUCACAUAAUAUAAAAUGCAUACGCUCAUAAUAAUUAGACGACACUGAUAGAUUGCAAACGUUUCUAAUUGAAGCCUUCAAAAGGUAUGGGAAAUUUGUUUAUGAAGUGUACAAAAUGAGACUAUUUAAAAUUGAUAUCGUAAUUAAAAUCUUAUUUUAGUCAAAUUUUAAUGAAUUUAAGAUCCACUCUAAAUUGAAUAUCAGAAAAAUGUAAGGAUGUAACAUUUUUAAAUACUAUUUUUUACUGUAUACUUUUCAAUACUUUUCUGAAGAUUUUAUUUUGAAAUAAAGCCUAAUUUUGAAGCUUUUAGAACUAGUAGUUGCUGAAUUUGACUGCUAUAUUUUACAGUUUAGUUUUUAUUACUUAAAAUAAAAAAUUUUAACUUGCAUUUGGAAGUGUUGAUGGCUGGGAAAAAUGGUUGCAAACCGCAAAAAACUCUGUAAUUUUUUUCUUGCUUUUAAGCGGCCACCCUAUAAAUUCCAGAGAUUAAUCUAAUUAGCGAUAGAAUUGUACUCAUUAGAAUUAAAAACAAUUAAGAAACAAAUCUAAUUCUGUAUAUACUAAAUAUCGACUUUUUAAUAAUCUUUCUAUCUGUUUUGUAUGUAACAAUUUGUGUCAAUUUUAAUGUUAAAUAUACAACCACUAUGUCAA